AUGAACGUCAUGCUAGCGAUGGGUACCUGUGCACUCUCCAUUAUACCCACCAUUGCAAACUUAGUUCAGAACAUCAAGUGGAUCAAAGCUAUAAACCUCCCUCCGCCAUUCAACUGUGUUGCCAAUGAUACCACGCCGCCGGGAAUCACGAUCAUCGUCCUGGCAGCGCUGAAUACUCUGGACCUGAUUCUCUCAGUCCUUGAUCUUAUCCAGAAUGGCAUUGGCGGAAAUCAAAGCCUAGCCGGAAAUGUUGCAGACGUAAUAUCGCCCAUUCUAUUUUCUCGCUUCAUCCUGAACCUCCAUCAAGUGAACCGCGAAGUCGCUCAUGAGCAGGAUGAUACCUUGUCAGCUGAUAUCCAGUUCGCCAUACAGAGUUGGUCUAGCCACUCGCUUCCCCCUUCACUCGCGUCAUUCGCCCAACCUGUGCAUGUUGGAUCUGAGGGGGAAGACAAGGACGAGGACACGAAGGAGAUUCCUGAGUCUAAUUUCAGCGUUGUCGAAGGUACUGAUGUUGUACCAUGCGUGGAGACUGGGGGGGCUGGCGCCGCGUUCCACGACUUCCAGGGUUAA